AUGUCUACAGAUUGUGAAGAAUCACCUCGAAUUCUGUCCAUACAAAGUACAGUUGUUUCUGGGUAUGUUGGCAACAAAGUAGCGGUCUUUCCUCUUCAGCUCCAUGGCUUUGAAACAAGUAUCAUUAACUCUGUUCAACUGUCAAAUCACACAGCUUACAAAUAUGUCAAAGGUCAGGUAUUGGGUGCCAGUGAAAUUGAAGAAUUGUGUGAUGGACUCAAGUUAAACCAUAUAAAUAAUUUCAAUUUUAUUUUAACAGGUUACAUGGGAUCAAAAUCAUUUAUUGAGAAAGUAGCUGAAGCUAUUGGAGAGAUGAAAAAAGAAUAUCCAGAUACUGAAUAUUUGUGUGAUCCAGUGAUGGGAGACAAUGGAAAAAUGUAUGUGCCUGAAGAACUGUUACCUGUUUACAGAGACAUAUUGUUGCCUUUAGCUAAUAUUACAGUGCCAAACCAAUUUGAAGCAGAACUUCUAACAGGCAUAAAGAUUAAUGAUAUAAAUGAUACAAUAAAAGCCAUUGAUAUGAUGCAUAAUUGGGGGAUUAAGACUGUGGUGAUGUCCAGCAGUACAUUAGGGAAAGGUACAAAUACAUUGGUUUGUGUUGGCAGCAGAUGUACAGAAAAUGGAAUGGAACGUUACAAGAUUGAAUUUCCAUACAUCAAUGCAACAUUUGUGGGAACAGGAGAUUUAUUCUCUGCUCUGAUGCUUAUUUGGUUACACAAAGACAAAAAUUUAAAAUUGGCCUUGGAAAAGGCUGUGUCUACAUUGCAAUUUGUUAUCAAGAAAACUGUUGCUUAUGCCAAAAAAUAUAAUUCUGCUGUUGACAAAGUCUCAUUUGCACAUAUGGAACUAAAAUUGAUCCAAAGCAAAAGUAUGUUGGAAAAUCCAGAAAUCUUUUACCAUGCUGAAUCCAUAGAUUGA